CAAAAGCCCCACCUCCUCCCCGUGUCAAAACCUCCAAGUCGAUCGCCCAGGUGGCCGGCGAGGCGGCAACCGCCGCCGUAGAGACGAUGGAGGACGCGUUGGGCUCCGCGGUGGGUCCCCACUUCAGCGGCCUCCGUCUCGACUCGCGCCGCCUCUCCCUCUCCCCUUCCUCCUCCCCCUCCCGCUCCGCCAGCGGCAACGGCACGCUCGUCGCCGCGCCGGGGCUCGCGUUCCCCAAGGCGGAGGACGGGACCAGGAAGCCCUUCGUCAUAGGCGUGUGUGGAGGCACCGCGUCGGGCAAGACGACGGUGUGCGACGCGAUCAUUCAGCAGCUUCACGACCACCGCGUCGCGCUCGUCAACCAGGAUUCAUUCUACCAUGGUUUAACUGAGGAACAGUCUGAGCAUGUGCAAGACUAUAAUUUUGAUCAUCCUGAUGCAUUCGAUACAGAUCGACUUUUGGAGUGCAUGGGAAAGCUAACAAGUGGACAGUCCGUGAAUAUUCCUAUAUACGAUUUUAAGAAUCACAGGCGAUGCUCUGAAAAAUUUAGGAAGGUCAAUGAAUCAGAUGUCAUCAUUUUGGAGGGGAUCUUGGUUUUUCAUGAUCAGAGGGUUCGUGAUUUGAUGGACAUGAAAAUUUUUGUUGACGCAGACGCUGAUACUAGACUUGCUAGACGUGUGAGGCGUGAUACUGUUGAAAGAGGUAGAGAUGUUACCUCAGUGCUUGAGCAGUAUGUGAGAUUUGUCAAGCCUGCAUUUGAUGCUUUUGUCCUGCCUUCGAAGAAAUAUGCUGAUGUGAUCAUACCAAGAGGGGGAGAUAACCUUGUUGCAAUUGAUCUAAUUGUGCAACAUAUCAACACAAAACUUGGCCAGCAUAACUUGUGCAAAGCCUACCCAAAUGUCUUUGUAGUUCACACAACUUUCCAGAUAAGAGGAAUGCAUACUCUAAUUCGUGACAAGAACAUUACUACACCUGACUUUGUUUUCUACUCAGAUAGGCUGAUUCGUCUGGUGGUUGAGCAUGGUCUUGGGCAUUUGCCAUUUACAGAGAAGCAGGUGGUUACACCAACAGGAUCUCUUUACAUGGGAGUUGACUUCUGCAAGAAGCUCUGUGGAGUGUCUAUUAUUCGAAGUGGAGAAAGCAUGGAAAAUGCACUGCGUGCUUGUUGUAAGGGGAUAAAAAUAGGCAAAAUUCUAUUUCAUCGCAUUGGAGACAAUGGACAACAACUCAUAUACCAUAAGCUGCCCGUGGAUAUUGCUGAACGCCAUGUUUUGCUUUUGGACCCUGUGCUUGGUACAGGUAAUUCAGCUAAUCAAGCCAUUGAGCUUCUUAUGAGCAAAGGAGUUCCUGAGGACCGUAUCAUUUUUCUGACUCUCGUCUCGGCCCCUGAAGGCAUCCAUUGUGUGUGCAAGCGCUUCCCUCAUUUGAAGAUUGUAACCUCAGAGAUUGAUAGUGGAUUGAACGAUGAAUAUCGUGUCAUACCAGGACUUGGAGAGUAUGGUGAUCGAUACUUCGGCACAGACUAACCGAUGACUGAUGCUGUUGUAGUUAGCAGUGUGAAAAGGUACUCAAAUUAGAGCUGACAUUACCGUGGCAGAUAUACUGGUGUUUGGUUGCUUUAUGGUAUACUGGAAGACAAACGUGGAUAGGUUUCUGGUAGGUGCUGAAACCGUGACCGUGUGGUCUUGUCCAUUAUCAUAUGUUUUGAUACCACAAACCGUUGGUUGUGAGGCAAAUUUGUUUUUUUUUUGCAUUUUGAGGCUCCUAGCUGAAGUGCCUGCUCCUCGUCACACAAUACUGUUAUACAGCCUUGUGAAAUGUAUGACUGAACCCUGUUCCCGGCAUCUAACAGUUGCCGUGGGGUCACAGCUGUGGUUGGAAUGAAAUUCAAAGGUUGUGAC